AUCACAGGUCUCCAAUCCUGGUCCUGGGGCACACAGGGGAAAUACCAUACUUUGUUUAUUAACUACUACACAGUCAGUCAUAGGUUUAGUGAUGACCGUAGUUGAAUAGUUGAAUCGGCUGUGUAGGUCUACUAACUUUGAUGGAUUAUAAGCCUCGACACCCAGUCGGCCCCUUUGGGACCAGGACGGAGCAAUACUCGUAGUGCUGUAAACUUAUGAGCCAACUGGCCCUCAUGCCUUUUUUCCUAGGUGGAGGAAUGCAUGGCAUUCUAGCCUAGACUCGUGGCUAUCGGACUGAGUUUUUUUUAUUUUUUAUUGAAGAGUAGCAAAGGAUAGAGGGAGACAGUGAAAUAAUCAUGCAAUCAGAGUUAUACAGUCAUAAAAGAGAGACAGGGGCAAAACUCCGAAUAAGAGUUCUCAUAUGGGUCAUCGUCGCGACUUUGGGGUGUCAAGAUCUUUUAGAAGAUGUGUCCGGUGCCAUACACGGCGGUCUUCCUUCCCAGGGCUUGGGCCAAUCCAUCAGCGAUGCAAACCUGAUGUUUGAGUUCUUGUUGGGUGGAGUAGAGAUCGACAAAGACAACAACAUCAUCUUGCUGGACAUGGAGAUGGCAUCUAUGAGGCAGGGACGAGCUUUCCUGGCUCACAUCAACGACAACAUCCCCAAGACGUUCUCUUCUAUGGAGCAGAUGGUGAAGGACCUAGAGGACAAGAGAGGGCCUCUCCCUCUCUCCCAACCCCGCUUUGAGAGCCUCAUCCUGGGCAUGGUCUACUCUGCUCACCAGGUCAAGCUCCAGGAGAGAGAGAAGGACCAGGAGAAAUGGGGAGAGGUGCUGAUACGUCUGGCUAAUAUUACAGUCAACGAGCUACGUAGACAGGAGACCAUCACAAUAUUCCCUUAGAUUAGGAUACAAUGUUCAUUAGCCUGGUCCCAAGCUUGUAAUUAUCUUUUUUAAUACAGUAUACAAAAGGAUAUAUACAGUACCAGUCAAAAGUUUGGACACACCCACUCAUUCAAGGGUUUUUCUUAAUUUUUUUACUAUUUUCUACAUUGUAGAAUAGUAGUGAAGACAUCAACACUAUGAAAUAAC